AUGUCUUCUUGUAGCAGCUGCCCCUUCCUUGCCAGUCACCUCACCUUGGCCAUCCCCAUCAUUGCAGCCAUCCUCUUCUUCUUUGUCAUCAGCUGCUUGCUCCAGACAAGCUUCAGAGACCCAGGCAUCCUGCCCAGAGCCACCCCAAGUGAGGCUGCAGACCUGGAAAAGCGGAUCGACAGCAUGGGGACCUCGACCUACCGCCCCCCAGCCCGCACCAUGGAGGUGGUGAUCAACAAGUACGUUGUGAAGCUCAAGUACUGCUACACCUGCAAGAUGUUCCGCCCGCCCCGCACCUCCCACUGCAGCGUCUGCGACAACUGCGUGGAGAGGUUUGAUCACCACUGCCCCUGGGUGGGCAACUGCGUGGGGAAGCGCAACUACCGCUACUUCUACGCCUUCAUCCUCUCCCUCUCCUUCCUGACAGCCUUCAUCUUCGCCUGCGUCGUCACCCACCUCACCCUUCGCUCGCAGAGGGAUGGUUUCCUGGCCACUCUGAAGACCACACCUGCAAGUGUGCUGGAGCUGGUGAUUUGUUUUUUCUCAGUCUGGUCUAUUUUGGGCCUCUCAGGUUUUCACACUUACUUAGUGGCCUCCAACCUGACAACAAAUGAAGAUAUCAAAGGGUCCUGGUCAAAUAAGAGGGGCUCAGAGUUUGCCAAUCCCUACAGCCAUAAAAGUAUCCUCACAAACUGCUGUGCAGUGCUGUGUGGGCCUUUCCAUCCCAGUUUGAUCGACAGAAGAGGAUUUAUCCAGCCAGAUGUUGGGACCCCAGCCAGUCCUAAGAGUGAAAUCCCUUCUUUUGGAGCCAAAACUGACACCAGCAUGGUAGGAGGAAUUCCCUAGCAGUGCUGGGAUGUAGCCCAGUGCCUGUGGUGCCUGCACCUCACUCCUGCCACCACCUUCUCCUCUCACCAUCUCCCCAGCCUCCAGCAGGACAGCCCUGGUAGGCAGUGCUGCCAAAGCCUCAGCCAAGCCAAACCUUGCCUUUUUUUUCAGUUUAUUUAUUUUAAUUUUUCUUUAUUUGUUU